GAAUGUUCCUGGGUGUGGACUGCCUUGUAUAAUUAACUGCACAGCUGGAGCUUCUGAUCCCUCCACGUCUGCUCCUUCCUUUCCUCCUUUCUUCCCCCCUGCAUCCACCUCGGCGCGGUCUGGGUGCGCUGCUCCUCCUCGCAGGAGCUGCGGGUGCGUCACUCGGGCAGAAGGUUUCCUGCAUUCCAGAGCCAUUCCAGAGCCAUUCCUUGCUGAGACAACGACCAGGUAGAGCCUGCCUGCCUUGGAGGGGGCUGAGAGACGGGAGCUGGAGCAGAGAGCGAGCAGAGAAGCCAUUGACCCUGUUGAGACAUGGAAACGGGGAGCGCAGCCAGGACAAACGGCACCACCAGCAAGCCCGAGGACGUGAAGAGCCCAACUGCCCCCAAAAAAGAAGAGGAAGCCAAGAAGGCCACGAGCCCUGGCGGAGGCGAGAAAGAAGCUAUAAAAGGCACGGGCGGUGCUGCAUUGGAGACGGGGCAAAUCAAGAGCUCCCUCUUCUCUGGGAGUGACUGGAAGAGGCCCAUCAUUCAGUUUGUGGAGUCAUCCGACGAGAAGAGGUCAACCUACUUCAGCAUGGACUCAGCAGACUCCAAGAAGAUGCAGUUCGCCAGCGGCCAGAUCGGAGACAUGAGGAGACCGGCCCUGUCCUUCCCGGAGAAGGGCGACCUCAGGAAGUCCCUCUUCUCCUUGGAUUCCAAAAAGAGCUUCCUGCCCGCUGACGGGGAAGGGAGGAAAUCCUUGUUCUCUGCAGGGCAGAUGGGGGACCUGAAGAAAUCUUCCCUGCCUCUGGUGGAGACGGGCGACCUGAGAAGACCCUUCAACAAGGCCGACAGAGCCGCCGGCUCCCGGCCCCGCGUGAAGCUCGAGGAUGUUCUCUGCGACUCCUGCAUUGACAACAAGCAGAAGGCUGUGAAGUCCUGCCUGGUGUGCCAGGCUUCCUUCUGCGAGCUGCACCUCAAGCCCCACCUGGAGGGAGCGGCUUUCCGGGACCACCAGCUCCUGGACCCCAUCAGGGACUUCGAAGCCAGAAAAUGCCCUGUGCACGGGAAGACCAUGGAGCUGUUCUGCCAGACAGACCAGAUGUGCAUCUGCUACCUCUGCAUGUUCCAGGAGCACAAGAACCACAGCACGGUGACAGUGGAGAUCGAGAAGGCAGGGAAAGAGGCCGAGCUGUCGCUGCAGAAGGAGCAGCUGCAGCUGAAGAUCAUCGAGGUGGAAGAUGAGGUGGACAAGUGGCAGAAGGAGAGGGACCGCAUCAAGAACUACACCACCAACGAGAAAGCCACGGUGGACCAGCACUUCAAGGAGCUGAUCCGUGACCUGGAGAGGCAGAGGGAUGAGGUGAAGGCUGCCCUGGACCAGCGAGAGAAGAUCGCCUCGGAGAACGUGAAAGAAAUUGUGGAUGAGCUGGAGGAGAGGGCGAAGCUGCUGCGUGAGGACAAGGAGAACAGGGAGCAGAUCCACCAGAUCAGCGACUCCGUGCUCUUCCUGCAGGAAUUUGGGGCUCUGAUGAGGAAUUACGUGCCCCCUCCAUCCCUCCCAACCUACAGCGUGCUGCUGGAAGGGGAGAGCAUGAGCCCAUCCAUGGGGCUGCUCAGGGAUGACCUCCUCAACGUCUGCAUGAGGCACGUGGAGAAGAUCUGCAAGGCAGACCUGGGCCGCAACUUCAUCGAGAGGAACCACAUGGAGAACGGGGACCACCGGUUCAUGAUGAACAACUACGAGUGGAACCAGCCCGACAACCUGAAGAGAUUUUCCAUGUUCCUGUCUCCCAAAGCCAAUUUCAACCCACGGUCAUGGGAAUUUUCCUCCUUCCAAGCGACUGAGGAAACACUUGUAGGCAAUGGCACUAAGCUGCCUUUUCAGUUCUCCUCGGUGGGACAGAAUCCGCCCGGUGACUUCAGCAAACAGUCUGAUGGGAGCCUCUUCACUAAGACCGCCUACCCCUCCAUAGUGAGGCACCAGUCUGCAAAGGUGACGCCACAGACGUGGAAAUCCUCCUCGAAGCAGUCUGUAUUGUCACAUUACCGCCCCUUUUACGUCAACAAAGGCAACGGAGCCACCUCCAACGAGGCUCCCUGAGGAUUCCGGGAGAGCUGGCAGCACUCGGAGUGGAGACUCAGCUGCGGAUUUUCAUGGAUGUACCCGCUACUCUCUUAACCUUACUGCUCUAAUCUCUGCCCGGGACAGGGGAGGUGCACGAGGGAAUUGCCUUUCCCUGAGGAAACCAGGACUUUUCCCCAAAUCACCCGCUCGCCUUGAGAGCUCCGCAGGCCUUAACAGCGUAACCCCGUCCUCUGCUGUCCCCUCCUUGUCCCCUCUCUGUCCCCAGCUGCUCUGCCCCUCCUGGGAAUUGUGGAUGCUUGGGUGGCACCCCCUGCUAGGCAGCUGUCCCCCUGUCCCCAGAGCUGUUAAAUCCUGGUGAAGGCCCCAAGCUGGCCGUUCCCAAAGCUCUUCCCAGCACGGAGAGGUCCCAGGCUUGAGCUCUUCCCAUACCUCUCCACCCUGGGGACACCCAGCUCCCGCUGGGAUCAGAUCCCCUGGUGGCAUCAGGCAUCCCCAGGGUCCUCCAGCAGCUCAGCUCUGCUCCUCACCUGCCAAAGAGGUCCAGCAGGAUCUUCCCAGAGCUGCUGGAGGAGGCCAGGGAGGCUUUCCAGCCCAUUAAAGUGCCCCUCCAGCCACCUUUUCAAAUUAAAAAAUAAAAAGCAAAUCCAUCCUAGUAACAGAAGAUUGAUUAGAUGCCAUAGGUGGUGGGUGCUUUUCUGGUUUGUGGUGGUUUUUCUUAAUUCCCCUAAACCCAAAUUGAUCUGCAUUCUGUUGUUCAGCUAUUUUAUAUUUUUUUCCCUGCAGUGGGCAAUGAGAAUUACUGCCGCAGCUUUUUGCUCAGGAUCAUGUUUUUGUAUUUGUCCCCUGGACAGAUGAAUCACAUCCAGGGCUGGAUAACCAUUCCAUGAUCUCCCUGAGGUGAUUUUCCCUCUCCAUGGACAAGCUGAGGGGUUCAGUCCGUGCCAUGUAGGGCAGUCAGGGGGAGAAAUGGGAUAAAAGCCCUUAAAUGGUGAAAACCAAGACCUAACAGCUCCUUUCCAUGGUUUGCUCUAUUCAGGCAGUUUUGGAAUGGCUUUCCCCCCACUUUUUCCUGCUUGCAGCACCUUGCUGAGGGAGAUCCCACCUGAAAAUUCCUUCCUGGCUCAUCCCUUCGCAAAGAUACUCACGGCUUUGUAACCCAACACCUCACCCCAAACUCCUGGGCCUGAACGUCUGUUGCUCCAGAGAACUUGAAAUGUCACUUUAUAAUGAGGGUUUUUUUCCCCAUAAAGACCAGAGAGGGAAGAGGCUGGCGUGGUAGGGCAGGAUGUGACAAAAGGGACGUGCAAAAAGGGAUGGAAGUGCUGGGAAAAGCACUGAGGGCUCUGAGUAUGUGUGUGAAAGGAUAAAACCAGCCCCCUCCGGGUCUCACUGUUUGUUUUGCCCCUGAGCAGGUCCAGUAAAACCUUCCACCACCUCCUUCCCAUGCUCCAAAAUGUGGGCAUGACCCUUCCUCCUCCUCCAAAGCUUGGAUGUUAAAAUCCCCCCGUCCUUCCCUGCCCUGAGGAAGGCUGGGUGGUGCCAGCCGGGACCUGCCUGAGGACACCACUGUCCCCUUCCUCCCGCUGUCCCCUGCCCUCUCCGCACCCCCACAGCCUCUUUGCUCCCCUUCCCCUCCCCAGGGGCCUUCCCAGCCCUUGCACACACGAAUUCCCACAAGGAAUGGAGCUGCUCCCCAUUUGCCUCAGCCCUGGAGGACGCCCGGCCCCCCGCUGGUGCCCCCCAGCCCCUUUUCCCCCGGGAUGGGGCACAUCCCAGCCCUGUGGUACCUCUGCUUCCCGGGGGGGCUUCCAGCGAGCCUUUGAGGUGUGCAGGAACUGUUUUGAUCAUGUCUUGGUCAGCAAAGCAAGAGGGGUUCCACCACCACCUCCUCCUCCUCUUCAGGCAGGGCACGGCCGCGCUGGCGAUGUAAACGAGGCCCCUCACGUGUGCACCACGCUGCAGAAAUAAAGGAGAAAGCUCCAUGUCUGACCAAAACCAA